AUGCAAAGCCUGGACAUCAAGUCUGCGAAUGGGCAGGGCUUGGGCUACUUCUGCACCUUCGCUGCCCGGUCCAGGACAGAGUCCGCCGUUCGAUUGGUCAGUGCCGCUGUGUUGGCCGCAAUCCUUGUGCUCCAGCUCGCACUCCGUACCGCGAGCUAUGCACUCGGGGCAUUGUUGAUCGAAGUCAUUCCUGCCCUCCACGCUUGCAUGUUCCAG